AGCGUUGCCAUUUUCGAAGAAAGGGUCGCGCUUGCCCCAGGAUUUCACAGCCCAGACCUGGCUAUGUCACUCAAUAAUCUAUUUAGAUCUCGGACGGUAUUCUGAAGGGCUUCCAUUUGUCGAAGAAAGCGUCAGGCUCUGCCGUCAGCUGGUCACCGUUCACCCAAGACUGCACACCCCAGAUUUGGCCGCAUCGCUCAACAAUCUCCGUACUGCUCUUUCCGAACUCCGAGGCGCUCCCAUUUGACGAAGAAUGUGUCAAGCUCUACCGUCUGCAGCCCACCCGGGAUCGUAUACCCCAGAUCUAGCCGCACCACUCAGCCAUCUAUAUUUCAGUCUUUCCCAAGUCGGACAAUAUUCCGAGGCGCUCCCACCUAUCGAAGAAAGUGUCAAACCCUGCACCCAGAGUGACACCAGAUUUGGCCGUAUUACUCAACAUUCCGAAGCGCUGUCAUUUGUCAAAGAAAUCGUCCAGUUCCGGCGCCAGCUCGUGGCCAUUCGCCCAGAAUUAUACACCCCAUAUUUGGCUACGUCCCUCAGCUACCUAUAUUGCUAUAUCGCGCCGUUUCCCAACUUGGAUGCCACUCCGAUGUUGUCCGAGGCACUCCCAUUCACUGAAGAGAGCGUCAAGCUCUGCCGUCAGUUAGUCGUGGUUUACCUAGGAUUAUGUACCCCUCAUUUAGCUGCGUCACUCAACCACCCACACCGUGCUCGAGCCGUAUUCCAAUUUAUCGAGGAAAGUGUCGAGCUCUGCCGUCAGGUUCAUCCGGAAUUAUACGUCUCCCGUUUGACCUUUUCACUCGAAGAUCUGCAAGACGCUCUUUCCAAUCUCGGCCAGCGGGAGAAAGCACCAAGGUAAUUUGAGUGACACGUCAUAGUUUCUCUUAAUUUGCUUCUGUUGCGGUUGUAACUCGAAAUCCUAACGUCAAGAAUGCUCAUCUAUUCACCUACGGUAUUUUGCCUCUUGCCGGUGGCAUUCUAUUUUUACACACGCAGCAUUAUAUGCAAUGUGGCAGGAACUUGGAUAAACAGUCGAUUCGGGCGCAAAACUGGUGCUGGCGCAUCGUGAGCCAGCCAAGACCGCACGCAUAGCCUCCAUUGCGCUAUGCAUUGGGAUGCAGAAACCAGUUCAUCGAACCUUCGUCUGAAUCGUGCAAAUCGUCAUGAGGAUAGUAUCUUUAUA